GAAGCCCGCGACGCGUGCUUCCCCGAGCUCGGCCUCAGCCAGGCCUCCGGCUUGUCGGGAGCCAUUCGCCCGUCGCCAGUCGUUCCUUCUUGCUCGUUGUAUGGCUUCCAUGUCGUGAAUUCGCGUGUCCCGGGCGUCGAAUUGGAGCCUCGCAGGGUGUCAGCGGCAUUGCAGUCCUUUGCCUUCGGGCCCAGACGAGCGAGACGGAAGGGCUGCCCUUAAAUAGCGGAUCUUCGUCGGCAAUUCUCGUACUCUCGCGAGCUCUGUCAUGAUCCCACGAUUCUGCUUGAGUGCGGAGCACCGGGCUCAUUCCAAGAAGCCUGUAGCGGUGGGAAUCAAUUGAAUUGGAAUCCAGACUCCGUAGUUGGGUUCAAUAGCAGAGCUCGUCAGGGGCGCAUACUGGGAAGGUCUCGGGUGAGGGUGAGUGGUGGGGGAGAUUAAGGAUAAGCUUGUUCGCGGAGGCGGAGGAGAGGAGGAAGGGGAGUAGAUUGAAGAUGAGUAUAGUGAUGGCAAAUUGGUUUGCUCCUCCUAGUGCCGGCUUGAGUCUGGGGACUUACUUGCCUUCUGUGAUGCCUAUCGAGUGCGGAGGGAGCAGAAAGGUUGCAGAGCGCGUAAUGACGAAGCUCCAGAGAACUCGCGAGGACCCGCGUGCUGUUGGAGGGGCUCUGAGAAGACUGAACAACCAUUCGAAGAUGAUGCAGAUUCAAAUCUUAGAGCAUCUUGUCGAUGAGCAGGACUGGCAGCUGGCCCUCCCGAUGUACAAGUCCUUGAGGGAAAAGGAGUGGUUCCAGUGGAAUCCGAGUCUGCAUGCGAAGAUGGUAGCCUUGCUUGCAACAGCGCAACAAUCUCAAGAAAUGGAGAGUCUGAUACUGGAAACACCAGAAAACUUGACAGUCAGGGACAGAUUGAACUUGCAGGUAUCUCUAAUAGAAAACUUUGGGAAGCGUGGUCUCCUCGACCAUGCCCUGGUCAUCUUUCAAGAACUUCAGUUUCUUCCAUUCCCAAGUGCCGGACACUCGAGUUAUCGAGCAUUGGUUCGGGCUUACGUACACGCAGGAUUACCUCAUGAAGCCCACGUAUUCCUGUCGGAGAUGAAAAGGGAGGGGUUCAAAGCGUCGUUGGAUGAUUACAAGACGCUGCUGUAUGCCUACGGAAGAGACGGAUAUCUUGCAGAAAUGGAAAAGAUAGUGGAGGAGAUCAGCACUUCGGGCCUGAAAAUGGAUAAGACAGGUUACAACAUGAUGCUAUCUGCUUACGGCCAAGCCAGGAAGUUCGAUUUAGUUCUCGAAACCCUCGAGAAAAUGAGAAGAAUGAACAUCUCUUGCUCUGUCAACUCGCGAAAUGCCAUCAGCAAGUCAUGUCCCAGCAUAAGCUCCCUCUUCGCCGAGCUGGAAGCUAUGCCGGCCAACUCUGCAUCUUUGUGCAGUGAGCUGGAACUUCGGGAGGUUUCCGGAGGAGAACUGGCGGUUAUAAAAGAAUUACUUAUCCUCGGAGUACCUGCGGAUUGCGUCAAAUACUCGGAGGAUGCCUGGGAGCUGGAUUUGCAUCACAUGUUCAUGGGAACUGCCAACAUUGCUCUGUUUCUCUGGCUCCAGCAACUUAAAGCGAGGUGCAUGGGAGGUGUGAAGUUCCCUGUGGAGGUGAGGGUCGUAACUGGAUGGGGGAAGCACAGCGACGUCGAAGGCAAAUCUGUUGUCAAGCAAAACGUCGCAGAAUUUUUAGAAAGGUUAAAGUCGCCAUUCAGAGUUGACAGCCAGAACCGAGGAGUAAUGACUGCCCGUGGAAGUUCCCUGCAAGCUUGGCUGAAUGCUCUCUUUCAGUCAUGAUUUCGGCGACAUAUGGGCUCACUGACUGAAGUCAUUGCCAUCGCGGAAUCUCGAAUAGCCUUUAUUAGAGAUACCUGCAAGUUCGGUCUGUCCCUUUCUGUUAAGUUUUCCGCUGCCUUCCAAGUCUUCUGCUGUCAAAAGCCGUCAGUGCUUGGCAUUGCCGGUGGAACACUCUUUCUCAGCCGCGACGUUCAAUUCCUCUGCAGCGUGUUUUGCACACGAGCUGCCACACCUACCUCCACAAACCAAAGCAAAGCCAUCAUGUGUAGAAUAGUAAGGCCAAGUGUAAAUAGGUUCUCUCAUCCAAAGUUUGUGCAGUAAUUCAAGUCACGUGUAAAUACUUCAUUCGAGUCUAGUUCGCAGGAAGCUAUGGUACCUUACUGUAGGUUAGUGAAAGACCUUGAUUUUAGACUCCCAUUGCUACCCUUCCCGGAGGCUUUCGUUUAUAUUUAAGAACAAAGCAGACCGAAGGUUCGGAGAUGUACAUGUACAUCACCUGUACGUACUUCUUCAGGAGGCACCACCGUCUGCCUUGACUAGAACUCAGGUAGGGUCAGUGUUGCAAACUAUGUUUGCCACUCGUACUCGUUCCAUCUUGCAAAGCUUUAGUAUCAGGCCUGCUUGGAUGUUGAUGUAGAUCAUAUUUUUCUUGCUGAUUAGCAGGGCUUGUAAAAUAGCGACCAAAGCAAUUC